AGAGGGGGCACUGGAAAUGUUUUUCCUUGUCUGUCCAAACAAAAAAUUCAACUCUAGUUUUUGGAUAAGGAUAAAACUAUGUUUUCUUGGUAUUAGAAGUGUGUAAACAUUGUAGCCUAGUGUGUGAAAAGUCUGUGGAAAGGAUCUGCAUGUAGUCACACCCUGUUCACACACGCGCGCUUGUGUUUCAGAAUUGCUCUGCGCCAAAAGGCGCGUUCGCUGCAGCUCUGAAACGCGCGCACUCGUGUUGUGACAGCGGAGAGAUAGGGAGGCAGUCAAUCCUCUGCUGCGGGUCCCAAUCGCGUACACCCGGCGUGAUUCAUGAGCAAGCAUUCAGGAGGGAAGUUGAUCUGUCAUUAUCAUCAUGGCCUCUAUCUCAGAGUGGUACGCUGAGAAGAAUGUGCUGAUAACGGGGGCGACGGGCUUCAUGGGAAAGGUGCUGGUGGAGAAACUCCUGCGCUCGUGCCCGAAGGUGAACGCCAUUUAUAUUCUCGUCAGGCCUAAGGCGGGUCAAUCCAUGCAAGAACGCGUUCAAGAUAUGAUGACGUGUAAGCUGUUUGACCGCGUACGUGAGGAUAAUCCAGAGUUUCAUCAGAAGGUCAUUCCCAUUAGCAGCGAGCUCACACAGCCCGGAUUGGCCAUCAGUCCAGAGGAUGUGCAGAAACUCACCUCCUGUAUCGACAUCGUCUUUCACUGUGCAGCCACCAUCCGCUUCGAUGAACCGCUCAAACACGCCCUGCAGCUGAAUGUCAUCGCCACGCAGCAGCUCCUGUCUCUGGCGCUACAGAUGCAACACCUGCACGCGUUCAUCCACAUCUCCACCGCAUACGCCAACUGCAACCGCAGACACAUCGAUGAGGUCAUCUACCCUCCGCCCGUCGAGCCCAAGAAGCUCAUCGACUCUUUAGAAUGGAUGGAUGACAGUAUUGUAUGUGACAUCACAGCACGACUAAUAGGGGAUCGACCCAACACGUACACCUACACCAAAGCGCUGGCGGAGUCCAUCAUCCAGCAGGAGAGCCACAAACUCAACAUCGGCAUUAUAAGACCGUCCAUCGUAGGAGCCAGCUGGCAGGAACCCUUCCCAGGGUGGAUAGACAACUUUAAUGGACCAAGUGGCGUUUUCAUUGCAGCUGGGAAGGGCAUUCUGCGUACCAUGAGAGCCAGCAAUGAUGCCGUGGCUGAUUUAAUUCCUGUAGAUGUGGUUGUAAACCUCACACUGGCUGCAGGCUGGUAUAUCAGUAUACACAAACCAAAAACUCCAUUAGUGUACAACUGUACGACAGGAGGCAUUAACCCCUUUCACUGGGGAGAGAUUGAGCAUCACGUGAUGUCCUCGUUCAAAAGGAACCCGUUGGAGCAGGCCUUCCGUCGUCCCAACGCUAACAUCACCUCCAAUUACCUGAUGUACCAGUACUGGAUUCUAGUCAGUCACAAGUUCCCCGCAUUCAUCUAUGACCUCGUCCUGCGUAUGUCUGGACAGAAACCACAGAUGAUGCGCAUAUUCAACCGACUGCACAAAGCCAUCGGUCUGCUGGAGUACUUCAGCAGUCAAGACUGGGAGUGGAAAUCUGACAACAUGCACAUGCUGAUGAGUGAACUCAGCCCGGAGGAUCGCAAGACGUAUAACUUUGACAUUCGCCAGCUGAACUGGCCGGAGUACAUCGAGAAUUACUGUAUUGGGACCAAGAAGUAUGUUCUGAACGAGGAUAUGUCUGACAUUCCUGCUGCCAGACAACACUUGAGGAAGCUGAGAAACAUCAGAUACACGUUCAACACCGUGUUGCUGGUCUUCAUCUGGCGUGUUUUCAUCGCUCGCUCUCAGAUGGCCAGGAACAUCUGGUACUUCGUCGUGAGCUUGUGCUUCAAGUUCCUGUCGUACUUCAGAGCGUCCAGCACUCUGAGCCAAUGACCGCAGCACACAGGGAGUGUGUGUCCUCUUCCUAAUCGACUUCCUGUCCAACGCACAGAUGUUUCUUGAGCUUUCCUCACCGGCCGCUCGUCCUCCUUACCGCUCUAUUGAUGACGCGUCUGCUAUUUUUUAAAGUGUCUCCUUUUAUAAUGACUGUCCUUAAUACCGAUUAUAUAUGCAACUGCAUUUACAGCAUUUCUCCUUUAUAUCUGGUGGCCAUUCGACAUCCGGAGAUGUUGCCUUUGUGUCUUCUGGUGAUUUUUUGCGUCUUCACUACAGACAGUGUUCCAGCAAAGGACCGGUAUCUCUAUGGAGGUUUUUAGCACUAACCAUUGGAGUUCUGCUGAUAUCAGCAUAUCUCUGUCUGUAUGUUUUAAUAUCGUGUCAAGUCUGCGUUACUAUCAGCAGUAACAAGGGCAUGAUCUCUACUUUUCAUGAUCUCUACUAUGUUUAUUAUUUAAGGUAUUUCGUUCAGGUUUGUGUUUAUGGCUGUUUAAAUUGCAUCUUAUUCAAAUUAUCCAUUAUUUAUAUCAUUUAACUCACCGCAUUGUGUCACAUUUUACCCCUAAAUAAGAAGGCAGACAAAAGAAAUGAGGACAAGUCAGACUUAUUUGCAUUGUUUCACAACUUAAGGAAUUUCACAAAUGGUCAUUCUUCUUAAUGUAAUACAGGUUUUAUUUCAUACUGUACAGAAUAACUUUAAUACAGUUUUUUAUUAUUUAAAUCAGAAUAGAAUAUGAACUAAUAGCAGAACAGCAAUAACGCCAUGAUUUAAUAAUACUACAAAUAAUUUAGAUUUAAAUGAUGUGAUCUCUGCUACAACAUUGAGAAGAAUCUGGGUGGAAAUCCAUAAAAGUGACACAAUUCAAAAAAGGCUUUAUUGUCUAUAUGCAAAAUACAGUAUGUCUCUUUUCUUUUAGGGGUGAAAUUAAAAGCCGUGGGCUCGUUUAUAAAACGUAUAAAUAUACACAAUGUUUAUACAUCAGGCCUGUGGUGUUUAAUGGGAUCACAUUAAUGUUGUGUUUGUUCAUACACACUGAGUUUACACCAAAAACAUCUUGAAGAUUUAGUGUGAGGAUUUUGCAGAUGGACAUACAGUUUCAUUGACAUGUAAAUAAUCAAACGUAUAUGAAUAUGAUACUUUUCGGAAGAUAUACAUACCAAAAAUGUACAAAUGUAUAUUUGCUCGCUCUGUUUCCUGAAAGGACAGAGGGCUUCCCGUAUUUUUUUAAAGAAAAGGGAAAAAUGAUGAAAAAGUAUAUAAGUGUAGAUAUCACUGACGUUUGUUUUUACUUUAGCUCUUUAAAGUCCCCUAUAAGUCAAUGUCUGUUAAAUUUGUUGAAUGCCAACAGCAGUAACCCUUAAAGAAACAGUACAGUAUAUGAAUUUUAAAAGGGAAAGUCACUCGCAAAUCUUUUUUCAACUUUCAUAUGGUUUUACAGCAUCUUGUUGGCAUGGCGACACCAUCAUCCAGAUAGGGCUUUGGUUUUUCUACACUCCACCUAGUGGUCUUUUGCCAAAUUGUAUUUUUAGAUUGCGUUGAGGGGGGACGGACCCCACUUUGUAACAAGUGUUUGCCUUCCGUCUUUUCUAUGUUUCGCACACAGUAUUCAUGGUCACCAUGAAACCGCACGUCUUCCUCCGCGAGUCUUGAACAGUUUUACUUUGGAAAAGGUAAUGAGUUAGAAACAUAUAACUAUAGAAUAUGAGAUAGAAAUCUAAAUGCAUCUGUAGGGAAAGCACACACACACACAUACACUAAAAUGUCCUCCGAGGAUGAACAGAGCAUUCCAGUCAUGAGAUACACAGCCAUUUUUCUAUCAGAAUCAGACACCUUGAUGUCUUAAAUGAGAACGUCUAUCAUUAUGAGCCAAUUACUGAGCUUUUACUGCCAACAUGAUCUCUGCCAUCUAAAAACAACUUUUGAGACGCGUAGAUGAUGUUUUUACAGCGUGUUUUACAGAUGUUUUAGUGUUUUGGGAUGGUGUAUCUAACUUACAGUCUACAAUGAGGCCAUGAUGAGUCCAAAAUGUGUUUUUAUUCAAAAAUGUCAUUUUCCUUAGUAACACACGCUUGUUUGCUUUUUGCAUAUGAUAUUUACACCGAAGUGAAGUUGCUGGCAUAAUUCUGACCUUUCUUUACUCAACAUUUGUGUUUAGUCUCCGAUGUGUGCCGUCAGACGUGUGCCGUUGAGAUCCUUGAAUGACAAUUGUUGCAAAGACUUCAUGAGAAAAAUAAAUUGAAAUGACGAGA